GCCUACGAACAGGUUUCUUUGUUAUUCGUUCUUCUUCUCAAUCGUGAAAACCCUAAAUCCCAAAUCAAUUCUCGUUCUUCUUCCUCUCAAACUGAAAACCCUAAAAUCCCAAAUCGAUUCUCGUUCUUCUUCUUCUCAAACUGAAAACAAUAAAAUCCAAAAUCGAUUCUCGUUCUUCUUCUACCAUUCCCAGUCGUCAUUCCUCGUUCUACUUCUAGGGUGUUGAUAUCAUUCGUCGCGCCGUUCUUCUUUGUCCAAACAAAGAAAUAGAAACUGAAACUGAAAUCAAGCAACUUGUACUGAUUUUAUAGCCAUUAAGGAAUAUCUUUGCUAGGGGUUACUUGUGAAGAGUGAAGUUCGAUUCGUUUCCAAGAAUCUUACAGUGUGUGUUUCCAGAAGUUGCUGACUUUCUCUAUAGUGAUAAUUCCAUGGAUAAAAAAUGGAUGAAUGCCGAUCAAUUGUCAAAAGAGUACGAGAAUGGGGUGUUGGAAUUUGUUAAGUUUGCUGUUGAACACGUCAAAGACGCCGGUCGAAUGAAAUGUCCUUGUUUGGGUUGUUGUUAUGGGGGUCGGGUUGACGCAGAUGGAUUGAAAUCGCAUUUACUGAUGCAUGGGAUUGAUCGAAGUUAUAAGUGUUGGAUAUAUCAUGGUGAGAAAAUUAACGAGAAUGUUGAACCGAGGGAGAAAAGUAAUACGACGACCUAUGCUCCAGACGACAAUGAUACGGAUACAUACGAUUGUGAUCGAGUCAAAGAGAUUGCAGAAGCACUUGAAGAAGUAAAGCCAAAGAGUAAAGCCAACAACAUCACAUGGAUUCAAGUGGAGUGUCCUGGGCAGCGUAAUGAAGUAGAUUGUGGUUUUUAUAUGUUGCAGUUUAUGAAAGAAAUUCUUCUUUCGAAUCAAAUAGAGAUUCCGUCAAAGUACUUUGAUGACUUCAAGUGUGCUACUUACUCAAAAUCUAAGUUGGAUGAACUUAAGGAGGAAUGGUGUCAAUUCAUGAUUGAGUUGAAAGUUGUAUAGGUAUAUUGAAAUCUUACUAUAAUUGAUGAGAAUUUUGAGUAUAGCCAAGUGCAUGUUGCAAUAUUUGAUUUAUCUACAUAGAUUAUUUAGUGAUAUGUAGGCCGUUUGAAAUACAUUUGUG